AUGUCUGAAGUUCUGCCGUGCAUGACUGCUGUGAAAAUAGCCUGUUGGGAAGGUCUUAUGCGCAAAAGAAUCAAGGAAGCCCGAAAAGGCGAGCUACGUGCGCUUUGGGGCCAAAAAUUACUGGAUGCAGGUUGCGUCUUUUGCUGGGCCGCUUGUCCACCUCUGCUAGCCAGUUCAACCUUCGCUACUUAUGCUUUAUUGGGAAAUAAAUUGGAGGCGCCCGUGGUAUUUACUUGCCUCUCUCUGUUCGGCAUGCUUAUCGGGCCAAUGAACGCAUUUCCGUGGGUGAUCAAUGGAGUUAUCGAGGCAAUUGUUUCUGUCCGUCGUCUCGUUGGGUUACUUUCCCUUCCUCCCGGACCUUUUCCGCAUCAUCUGACAACCGAAUCCCUUCACUCUGACGGCGAUGUUCCUCUCAUCAGCCCUUCAAUGACAGGAUGUGAAGAUCACGCCGUCAGUUUACAAAAUGCCAGUUUCUACUGGUCCGAUCCUGGUCAUUUGGUGCUGUCAGACAUUUCGCUGAAAGUAAAAAGGGGCCAGCUUGUAGCUGUCACAGGCCCGGUUGGGUCAGGAAAGUCUGCUCUUCUGUUGGCCAUUCUCGGUGAACUACAAUCUACAUCAACCUCUGGUCAAAUCAGCCAUGGCUCUCGCCCGCGAUAUGCCUAUGUCAGCCAAACACCGUGGAUAUGUUCGGGCACGGUUCAAGACAACAUUGUAUUCGGUCUUCCAGUUGAUCCCGUACGGCUCGCACAGGUGGUGCAGGCAUGCGCACUCGGUCCCGAUUUGGCCACCUUUCCACACGGUCUGGGUACAGAUGUCGGUGAGGCUGGGGGCAGCCGUUUGAGUGGUGGGCAGCGUGCCCGCAUUGCCCUGGCUCGUGCAGUCUACCAAGACGCGGAUGUGUACCUGUUGGACGAUCCGUUGGCUGCAUUAGAUGUGCAUGUGGGUGAGCAUGUGCGUGAACACUGCCUACUUGGUCUGCUAGCCAACAAAACCCGACUUAUUACGACUCACCAGUCUGCAUGGCUUGAAACGAAGGUAAACAGUUCAUUGCCUCUGAUACAGGAUCAAUCGUCUACCGCCCGGGCGGAUAUGAUAGUCGAAUUGCAAAAUGGCCGCAUCAUGAACGAGUGGUGUCCUUCGAAUGAACCGACUGAUUCUCCGACCGAACCGAAAGAUCCAGACGCGGUUCUGUUAUUCCCAGACAAACCGGCUGACAGUGUUCAACCAGACACAACUCUAUCUGACUGCACGGAAAAUCGGGAAGCGGAAGACUGGGAAAGAUUGGCGUUCGGAUCUAUCGAAUCUAGUGUUUACUGGGCUUACACGAAAUCCGUCGGUUUCUGGCUGGCUUUUGGCGUAAUAAUUUUUCUUGUGCUCAUGCAAGGUACACGCAACGCCGCUGAUUGGUGGCUUGCAUACUGGGUUCGACUGUCCAAUCCAUCAUUUGUUUCACCUUCAUCCUAUUGGGGCACUGUGACCACGACCAAUUUCGGACUUCUCACUUACACAAAUCUACUCUAUUCGGCAUAUCCCGAUGAGGCUGUUCUGACUUCAAAUUUCACAGAUAACUAUCGAGCGUCUAAUCAGUCGUUCUAUUUAACCGUGUACGGCAGUAUCGUGGGUGCGAAUAUCGUGGCCACCACAUUCCGUGCCGUCCUGUUCGCAAUUGGCGGUCUAGCUGCGGCGGCGACGAUUCAUCAGAAUGCCUUAGAAACGGUGCUUCACGUACGUUUUCUCGCUCGCGUUUCCUACUUCGAUCGUACUCCGCAAGGUCGCAUCCUAAAUCGGUUCUCCUCGGAUGUUGGCACUGUGGACGACUUACUUCCAUUCAUCCUGAACGUAUUCCUGGCCUGUGUUGUCAGUUUGGUGGGUGUUCUCGUGAUCACAUGCUUGUCCCUUCCGUUGCUGUUAACUGUUUUGCUACCGUUAGCCUUCGUCUUCUGGUCGGUUCAGCGAGUUUACCGGGGCGCAUCAAGAGAUCUCAAACGCAUAUCGAGUGUCACUCGAUCCCCUGUGUACGCUCACUUCUCCGACACUUUGUCCGGGCUGGCGGUAAUCAGAGGGUUGGGACAAGAGCUUCGUUUUCGUCAACUCACUGCAAACUAUCUGGGCACACAACUACGAGCUGAAUUAGCUAGCGUGGCCGCCAGCGCAUGGCUAAGCGUGCGUCUUCAACUGGUGGCCUCCGGAGUCAUUGCUGGUGUUGUGUGCAUCUCAUUGUUGGGUCGCGAGUUCGGAUGGACAGAAGUAAGUGUACGGGUUGCCGCCGCUGGGCUUUCUGCGGCGUACGCUAUGAACACUGCCAACCUGAUGACGGACACAGUCUAUGUGGCCACGGAGACCGAGAAAAAUCUCAUUGCCGUUGAACGAUGUCAUGAGUUGACCGAGGAGACACCAGUUGAACCGGAUACUGUACCAGUGACCGUCACGGCUCCCACACCUUUGAGGCGUCGUGGGCCGCCCACAUUCCGACCCUUGGAUUUAUUUGAGGCACACACACACGGGAUUGUGCCUCCAGAUUGGCCUUGUUCCGGUCGAGUAGAAUUUAAAAAUAUCUCAUUGACCUAUCGGCGAGUCAUCCCGUCCGCAGAUCAGUUCAAAAUUCAAGCCUUGAAUGACGUUACCUUCACGGUAGAACCGGGUGAUCGUCUCGGUAUUGUCGGUCGCACUGGAUCGGGCAAGAGCAGUUUGCUUCGUGUAUUAUUACGUCUGGUUGAUCACCUACCGGGACCGCAUACCAAUGCGCAGAUUGCUCAGCAGCUUGGAUUCUUAGGGGCCAGUGGGCAGGUUGGCAUCUCACUCGUAUCUUGCAUCACUUAUUUUCUAUUGUCGUUGUUACUGAAUUCAGUUCAACAUAUAGGAUUCCAUGAUAUUUACGGGAUCACGUUGGACACAAUAUUAAUGCCUCUUGAUUUGCCCGUUUCCUUUCGAAAUUUUUUUAUAUUCGUGCAAUUAUGCCAACUGAGUUCUACGCAUAAUUUUUUUCUUUGUGUACAGGUACUCGUUAACGGUGUCGAUAUUCGAACCAUCUCCUUAGUUGCACUGCGGACGUAUAUUUUGGCUGUUUCUCAAGAGCCCUUUCUAUUCUCUGGCUGUCUUCGAGAUAACCUCGAUCCAGAAGGGACGCUCCCAGAUGAAGAAUUAUGUGACGUUCUGGUUAAAUGUCAGUUGGCUGCCAGUCCGUUGGAGGCGGUAUCAAUGCUCACCUUAGAAGUGGGAGAAGCCGGUCGAGACAUUUCUGCCGGUCAGCGUCAACUGGUUUGUUUGGCUCGCGCUCUACUUCGUCAACCGCGCCCUGGGAUUAUCUGUCUGGAUGAGGCCACUGCAGCGAUCGACACUAAGGCUGAGGAAGCUAUACAUGUGAGUUUUAUCCGUAGUUCCUACGCAAACCACCUGGAAGCUAGGAAUAAUUCGGUUGAUUACGUUGUGCGAUUCGGUCGCAGAUUUUGCUAA